AUGCAUUAUUACACCACCAAUUCCGGCGGUUACAGCCACUGCAGAUCCGAUUCCGGGCUGCACCGGAGGAACUCGAACCGGAGAGACGACCUAUUCGAUUCAGGAGACAGCACUCUGUCAGAUUUGGAUGAAACUAAAGAAACUAAAGAAACUAAAGAAACUAAAGAAACUAAAGAAACUAAAGAAACUAAAGAAACUAAAGAAACUAAAGAAACUAAAGAAACUAAAGAAACUAAAGAAACUAAAGAAACUAAAGAAACUAAAGAAACUAAAGAAACUAAAGAAACUAAAGAAACUAAAGAAACUAAAGAAACUAAAGAAACUAAAGAAACUAAAGAAACUAAAGAAACUAAAGAAACUAAAGAAACUAAAGAAACUAAAGAAACUAAAGAAACUAAAGAAACUAAAGAAACUAAAGAAACUAAAGAAACUAAAGAAACUAAAGAAACUAAAGAAACUAAAGAAACUAAAGAAACUAAAGAAACUAAAGAAACUAAAGAAACUAAAGAAACUAAAGAAACUAAAGAAACUAAAGAAACUAAAGAAACUAAAGAAACUAAAGAAACUAAAGAAACUAAAGAAACUAAAGAAACUAAAGAAACUAAAGAAACUAAAGAAACUAAAGAAACUAAAGAAACUAAAGAAACUAAAGAAACCAAAGAAACUAAAGAAACUAAAGAAACUAAAGAAACUAAAGAAACUAAAGAAACUAAAGAAACUAAAGAAACUAAAGAAACUAAAGAAACUAAAGAAACUAAAGAAAAUAAAGAAACUAGAGAAACUAAAGAAACUAGAGAAACUAAAGAAACUAAAGAAACUAAAGAAACUAAAGAAACUAAAGAAACUAAAGAAACUAAAGAAACUAAAGAAACUAAAGAAACUAAAGAAACUAAAGAAACUAAAGAAACUAAAGAAACUAAAGAAACUAAAGAAACUAAAGAAACUAAAGAAACUAAAGAAACUAAAGAAACUAAAGAAAAUAAAGAAACUAAAGAAACUAAAGAAACUAAAGAAACUAAAGAAACUAAAGAAACUAAAGAAACUAAAGAAACUAAAGAAACUAAAGAAAAUAAAGAAACUAAAGAAACUAAAGAAACUAAAGAAACUAAAGAAACUAAAGAAACUAAAGAAACUAAAGAAACUAAAGAAACUAAAGAAACUAAAGAAACUAAAGAAACUAAAGAAACUAAAGAAACUAAAGAAACUAAAGAAACUAAAGAAACUAAAGAAACUAAAGAAACUAAAGAAACUAAAGAAACUAAAGAAACUAAAGAAACUAAAGAAACUAAAGAAACUAAAGAAAAUAAAGAAACUAAAGAAACUAAAGAAACUAAAGAAACUAAAGAAACUAAAGAAACUAAAGAAACUAAAGAAACUAAAGAAACUAAAGAAACUAAAGAAACUAAAGAAACUGAAGAAACACUUAAAAACACUAAAAAACACUGA